AUGCAAGACCCCGCCUCAGAUCAACAUGGUCAACAACAGUCCGACAAGCUUCCCACAACAGACCAGUCGAUGCACGAAGGUCAGACAGCCCAUGGUGCCGAAUUGAAGGACUCCACAACCAGGGUAACUGACAAACCCAUUUUGGACAAGGCAAAUGAAGCUCGUGGGAUUCUAGAGAGGCCAUUUCUGGCUCAAAAUUCGCGUUCAGGCCCGUGCCAGCUGCGGCAUCGGGAAUCAAUGGUGCAGAAUGACCCAGUAGCUGUGGUCGACUACAUCACCCCAUUGCGCAGAAAACUUUCCGAGUUCAAUUCCUUCGUUGAUACGAUAGCAGAGGUAUGGAAUUUCAUCAGGCAGCGAUUGCAUCAAUUAUCUUGCAGCAAAGAUCUAUACAUAUGCCAAGGCAGCAUGGGGCGUCCUGCCGGUUGUGUUGUGUCCAAGGUAUUUAUCUAUACCAUACCUGAUGUUUCUGAUGCACGGCUGACUGCAAUGACAUCCACAAGCAACUCGGGACGACUCAAUCAGCCAGCUCCUUUCAAAGAUGGAUGA